UUUUUUUACUUAUGGGUUAUCAGAUGGACAACUGCUAAUGGUGGUAAUGAGUCAAAAUCGUCUGCGAUGCUCAGUGCUCGGUUACACUUCGUGUUCAAGCGAAUAGGUGCCUAAUAACGGUCGUAGCGAGAUUAUUAUUAGAAAAGAAUGCAAUAAUUCAAAGAGAAAACGUAACAUACACGCAUAUAUUAUUGUAAAUGAGCAAAUAUUGAUUCCUCGAAUUAACGGAUGUGUAUUGGAAUCGUCGAAACUACUUCCGCCGCCUUCCAUUGGUGGGGAGUACUAGAGGAAGAAGAAGAGACCUACCACAAGAGAGCGUAGUAGAGCGCAUACUGAUUGACAAUUUUGUAUGAAGUUUUGAUUAUUGUGUGAGCUUAGGUAGAUUUUUCCGGUUUCUGUUGGUACGGAUCAGUGGAGUAAUAUGUUGAGUACCUUGAAAAUAUUAUCGUACGUCAGGUUCAUAUGGGAGAAGAAAAAUUAGUCGUAUAUUCAUACAAGAAGAAAUUCCACCUUAAUAACCUAUGAAUGUGACAGACGAUGUAGAUAGAUGAACGAAUUGUUAAAUGUGUUUAUUUAGCCGUAAUGCUGCAUAAUGUUGAAUGUGUCAGAGUGUGUUUGAGGGCAGAAUGGCUGGCACGAAGAAUACAGCUCAUGUGGUACAGCUGAAACCAGUGGAAGUGCCUAAAAGCUUGCAGGAUGGCGAGAAAUUCAUCAAAUGGGAUGAGGAUUCUGGAGUUGGCACGCCUGUCACCCUGCGAGUGGACAAAGAUGGAUUCUAUCUCUAUUGGAUGGAUCAAAACAAGGAGCUGGAUAUGUUGGAUAUUGCGACAAUCAGGGAUACCCGCACCGGAAAACACGCAAAGAUUCCCAAGGACCCCAAAUUGAAACAAAUUGUCACAAUGGGUCUGCAAGACACAUUAGAAGAAAAGACUGUGACAAUUUGUUAUGGAUCUGACUUUGUGAAUCUUUCUUUCAUAAACUUUUGCUGCACCAAAAAAGAAAUUGCUGAACUGUGGACUGAUGGGCUCAUUGUGAAACUAUUUGCACAAAACAAAGAAGACAGAAAAAGGGUUGAGAAGGCUCUAGAUAUUGCAGGAUUACCUUCAGGAAAGAAUGAUGCUGUUAGUUUGCAGAAAUUUCAGUUUGAAGAUUUUUUCAACUUCUAUAAAUGCCUUACCCACAGAUCUGAAGUAGAAAAAAUAUUUGAUGAACUAUGUGGAGGUACAUCAAAGCGGCGGCUUAUGUCAGCUGCCCAAUUCAUGGAGUUCCUUAACAAAACACAGCGUGAUCCUCGUCUCAAUGAAAUUCUUUAUCCAUAUGCUAACACUGCACGAUCUCGGGACCUCAUUCAACAGUACGAGCCAAAUAAGUACAAUGCCCAAAGAGAGACUAGCAACCCUGAUGAUGGUGAUGAUGAUAAUGAUAACAGCGGUCAGUUCAGCUUUGAUGGCUUUUUAAGGUACCUCAUGAGUGAGGACAAUCCCAUCAUGUCAUAUUCUAAGUUUGACUUAUCAGAUGAUAUGGACCAGCCUUUGCCCCACUAUUUCAUUAAUUCUUCUCAUAACACAUAUCUAGCAGGACAUCAGCUGACAGGUAAAGCGUCUGUUGAAAUGUAUCGACAAUGCCUGCUGGCAGGCUGUCGUUGCGUGGAGCUGGACUUCUGGAACGGUCGCACAGAAGAACCUGUCAUAGUGCACGGAUACACUUUUGUACCUGAGAUAUCUGCAAGAGAAGUCAUUGAAGCAAUUGCAGAAUCAGCAUUUAAGACAUCCGAUUAUCCUGUUGUACUUUCAUUUGAGAAUCAUUGUAAUCCUCGACAACAAGCAAAAAUUGCUUCAUAUUGCCGAGAUAUAUUUGGAGAAAUGUUGUUGGAUGCACCAUUGGAAUCUCACAAACUGGAGCCAGGCCAGUGCCUUCCACCACCCUCCCUGCUGAAACGUAAAAUUAUCAUUAAGAAUAAGAAGAAACAUCAUCACCAUCACCACAAGAAGAGUCGGGCCAACUCUCAGUGGAGUUUAACUGCAGGCGAGGGAGCUGCGGCGGGGGAGGGUGAUGUGACCGUGCAGGGCAACGGGGACGUGCCCCACAUGCCUGCGGCACCACCACGCCAGGGCAGCAAAGAUAGCGGGCCCGAAGAGGAGGACAAUGAGGAUGAUGAUGAAAGCAGCAGUGGUGAGGAGUUGGAGGAUGAAAAUCCAGAGAAGAGUUUGCAUGAGAAGAGUAGCCCUACAGAUAAGUCAGUUACAGCUCCUGAAACAGAAGCUGGAGAUGAAAUAUCUGCCCUCGUCAACUACGUACAACCUGUUCAUUUCUUAUCAUUUGAGAAUUCAGAAAAAAAGAAUCGUUAUUAUGAGAUGUCAUCAUUUGAUGAGAAACAAGCUACAACUCUUUUGAAGGAAAGUCCUAUUGAAUUUGUUAAUUACAACAAAAACCAACUUAGUCGUGUGUAUCCUUCUGGUAAACGAUUUGAUUCUUCAAAUUUUAUGCCUCAAGUAUUCUGGAAUGCCGGCUGCCAACUUGUAGCUCUUAAUUAUCAGACUCUUGACUUGGCUAUGCAGCUCAACCUUGGAAUCUUUGAAUACAAUCAUCGCUGUGGCUACUUACUAAAACCAGAAUUCAUGCGUAGACGUGAUCGACGCUUGGAUCCAUUUGCUGAAUCUACUGUUGAUGGAAUUAUUGCUGGCACAGUAUCAGUGCAUAUAAUAUCAGCGCAGUUUCUUACAGAUAAACGUGUUGGAACAUUCAUAGAAGUUGAUAUGUAUGGUUUACCAGCAGACACUGUUCGUAAGAAAUUUCGUACCAAGAUUGUUCCAAAUAAUGGAAUAAAUCCUGUGUUUGAUGAAGAACCAUUUGUAUUUAAGAAGGUAGUGCUUCCUGAGUUAGCAAGUAUACGUUUGGCUGCUUAUGAGGAGUCAAAUAGGCUUAUUGGACAUCGUGUCCUCCCUGUUGUUGGAUUGUGUCCUGGAUAUCGACAUGUAGCAUUACGUACUGAACUUGGACAACCACUGCCACUUGCUGCAGUCUUCCUGCAUAUAGUUGUAAAGGAUUACGUUCCUGAUGGAUUGUCUGAUUUUGCUGAAGCACUCGCAAACCCCAUAAAGUACCAAUCUGAACUGGAGAAACGUGCUCAGCAAUUAUCAGUGCUUACAGAUGAUAUGGAUGUCAUAGAGCAAGAAGAUGAAACUUCCAAACUAAAUGCCAAACGCAUUCCUAGUGACAAACAGGAAGUAGCAGCAGCAGCAGCAGUAGCCACCAGUGUGGCUGCUGCUGGUAAUCAUGUUGUUAGUGUGAGUCCUGGACCAAGAGCAUCAGUAGUAACAGCAGCUACUGCUGCAGCCGCCACAACUGCAGCAGCCCCAGAUGUAGAAACAAGGCGCAAUACUGAGCUUGUUGACAGCCAACUGCCAGCCACUGUUGUGUGUUUGGAGGCAGAGCCCAGCACAGCAGGCCCACCAGUGGAGCGACCACCUGCUAGUAUGAGCGAUGAGCUGGUUGCAGAACCAUUAGAAAGGAUUAUGGAGAGUAAAGGUGUUCGUGAGAAAAGAUUAGAACUGGACAAGAAAUUGGAGGCACUUCGAAAAAAGCAGGAAAAGGAACGAAUGAGAAUCCAAAUGCACAAAGGAUCACAAGAUGAGAAAUCAAAGUCGAAGUUUUAUACUGCCAAAUUAGUCAAGCGGCUCUCUAGCAAAAAUAUUGAUUUGCCCCCGCUCUCAGUUGCUUCGGAACCUGUGGAUUGUGGUGAAAGCGGAGAUCCAUCUCGGUAUACACUUCCCAGGAGUCAAUCAGAGCGAUUACUCGCUAUUUGUAAGACUCAUGUAAACCAGGAGCGAGAGCUGCAAGAAAAAUAUCAUGAUUUGGUAUUUUCCACUGCCGAAAAGGCCCUCCGUACAUCGCAAAGUCAGCAGUUAAAAUUAUUACAAGUUCUUCUUGAGCGUGAAACUGAUGAAGUCAUGCGAAAGCUUCAGGCUUUGCGCCGUGAUGAAGUGAAAGCAUUAUCAAAGGUACAUAGAGAUAAGGAUGAAAUGGUUCGUAUGAAGAGAGAAGUAGCUUCAGCUAUGGUUGAUCGAGGUGUACAGGAACGUAUGCGAUUGACUCAGCUAUACCAGAAAAGAAGAGAAGAAUUGGAGCAUCAACAUGAGUUAGUACGUACUAACUUCGAAGAAGAGAGGAAGAAAGCAAAGGCAGGACUAAUUCGUGAAUAUGAAGGUCGGUACGCUCGAGUAGAGGAAGAUGUGAUUGCUGCUGCAACAUCUCGUGCCAGUGUAGAUGUCAGUUUUGAGAAUUGACAAAAGUAGCUGAGUGUGUGUUGUUUCUUUACAUCAGAAUAGUGCUUCAAACCAAAGACAGAUGUGUAGCUUCCAUGCUUGUAAUAGCAUGGAGAUGGCACGGACAGUGCUAGGCUGCAACUACUCUUUGAAGCAAGUGCUUGGCAAGAGUGGUGUUCAACAUGGGUGCAUCGGACCAGCAUUGAUGUGACUUCAUGUCCAGUCACUGUUGGCACAGUGGUUCAUCAGACAUCAAAAUAGGACAAUCAAUAUAAAACACUUGUUCUCAAGCAAUACUCAUCCAAAAUGUAGUAAGUAGAAUUUAAAAAUAAUAUUCUCUCCUUUACUGACCCCAAAUAUGCAGAUUAUAAUACAGUGUUGAGUUGGAAUGUAUGAAUUAUAUUUGAAAUUAUUGGUAAAUGUCACUACACCCCAUAGAUAUUGUGAAAGUAUAACAUUUUUAAAAUUUAGAUUUGUUUUAAUGUUUUAUAAAUACACAAACUUUUUUGUAUUUAUAUUCUUCAAACAAUUUCUCUUCUAAAAUUGAAAUAAUUGUCUCUAAUGUGCACUCUCCUAAUUUUUUUGAUGUAUUUGUGCAUUUUCCAUAAGUCAUUUUCAGUAUUGAGAAAAGAAUGAAAUAUGUAGAAAAAUGUCCCGUAUUUGCAUCAAUAUUAAAGAAAGUAGCAUUAAUAAUAGGGAUGUGAGCAUUGCCAGCAAGGUUCAUUAAUUUUGCUUGACAGUGUGUGAUUAUUGCAUCUGCAAUUUCUUUAAACAUUGUGUCUUACAGUUACAUUUCUCUAAAAUCAUAUUGUGGAAAAAUCUGCACUUGCCAUUUCAAAUUUUCUUCCUACUUUAUUCCAGCUCAGCAUUCUCAAUUUUUUCAUGUACAUGCUCUUGCAUACUCAUGAAAAUGUUAAUCACACUUACACUAUCUGUUGUAAAUUGGUACACUUUUGGAUGGGUAUUAUGCAACUUCACUUGUUGAAAUUUUGAGAGAUGCAUAGGGCACUAUUAAAGAUUGGUACCAAUGUUACAUACGACAGUGACAAAAUGUGAAAUCAAACCACUUAAAUCAUAGCAUUGUGUGUAUUCUCUUCUAGCAGUCAUUAAUGUACUUUAUAGUGCAAGCUGGCAAUGAGAUGUAGCCCCCAAAUUUGUAGUAAAAGUCAUGACUGUUGGAAAGUUUGAGAAUAUUAAAUGCUGAUAAAUCCUCUGGCAAAGGAACACAGUGCCCUCAAAGCAUAUAGAACGUGGUACAAUUUCAUACUUGUCACAUAGUGUAUACUCACAAACUAAUUUUUUAUGAAUUUUUUAAUAUUUUAUGAACAAGACAAUCAAUCCCAUAGUUAGUGGCUGUGCCUACAUAUAGGAUACAGAAUGAAAGUAGAAAAUGGGUAAUAAAAUGUUUCCAAAACAAAAUUAACUAUCAAAUCUGUAGAAGUAAAAAGUGUGUUUUGGUAAUAUUCUGUACAGUGUAUCCAUAUUUUGUCUAAGUAAAUUUGUAGGUUUUUAUAUUUUCUAUAUUAUCCACUUCUUUCUGUCUGUUCUUGUGUGUAUAUUCUGUAGAGGUGGAAAUGUUUGAACAUUGUCCUAUAGCCUGAGUCGGGGUGUGGGAGGGGAGUCAAAACAUUUUAAUAUAGACUGACCAAAGUAGUACUGCUUUUCACAAAAAAAUAUUAAUUCCAUUUCAGUUUUUCAUAAUGCAAUAUGAAUUGUUUUCAGAAAUGUGUAGAACUGGUGUUGUUUAGAACGCACGUAAACUUCCAAAAUUUGUAUACAUUUUUCUAUAUUUGCAUGCUUCUUGAAGCUGUUCCGUGUUCACAGAGACAGAAAAUCUCUACAUCCAUUUUACAAGUUUAAUACAAAAUAAUUGUAGAUUUUCCCCUUUUAUUCUUCAAAUAACCUUUUCUAAUGUUAUGGAAAUUUUCUUAAAUUAUAAAGCCUUAUAUGGCUUUGUGUAUACAUUUCUGCCCUUCAUAUCUUUAUCAGAGGUAGAGAAUUCUUGAAUUGGAAUUAUAAUUGCACAACUUAUUUCGCACAAUUAAUAGGAUGUGAUUGUCUUUUGAAAACAUUUUUGUUCCUAUUGAAUGUAUUAGUGAUUAUAAGGGGCAUUAUAAGUUUAUAAACCUGUUUAGCACAACAUUCAAUUUGUCAAAAUUUGUGUGAAGCCUAGGAUGUCAAUGUACACAAUUAAUUGUUAAUUUGUUGCAAAAUAAGGUGAGUAAAAUGCAAUUUUCAUUUUUAUUUUCUUGCAAUAAAAAUGUCUGUCUUUGUGAUAAUAAUACAACCAAAUAUAUUCAGAGAUUUUAAAUUAAUUUACCACUCAUUAAACAAUUUGAAAAGUUAAGAGUAUAUUUGGGUAGUCCUACUCUGUGCAGGGUAUUAUACAAUGGUACAUACGUUAAUUAAUACUCACAUUAUUGCAUUGUUUAUUUUCUUGCCAAUUUACUGUGAUCAUAACUGUACAACUUAUUUUUUGUUUUUUAUCUCAAAAUGAGUGAGAAUGCAUGUGUUCAAAACAAUCAUACAUGCUAAUGUACUUACAUUAUUCUUCAUUACAAACAUUUCUUUAAAGAAUAUGUUAGUGACUAAAUAUUCUAAUGGUCACAAUUAUAUUUUAUUUCCUAAUGGAUGUUGAUUUACUAUUAUGAGACAUUAAGGAAAUUCUAGCUGAUCAGUAUAUUUCAUGCCUAGAAAAUUAAUUUGCAUUAAAUGCAUUUAGACUUGCAGUAAUUUCAGUAUUUGUAAGUUCUACGUAUUUACAGUUGCUAAGGUGUAGAAAGGAAAGUUUUUGUUCAAUAGAUGUUACACUUAUUGUACAGUAAUUUAAAUUCUGCUGUGAAAGAUGUUUUUAAUCCAUACAUUUACUCUGUUUUAUUAGUGAAAUGAAGUUUUAAAUUUUUUUCUGUGUAAUGGCUAUAAUGCUGGGUAUUGCCCAGUUUUGAUCUAUUUAUUUAUUUUUUUAUUAUUUUGGGUAUGUACCUCAUUGAUAAGUGUAUAUUACUAGUUCACAGGCUAGAUUUCAUAUUUUAUUAAUUCUCCAUCAGAUCUUCAGUAGUUCUCAACCUGUUUUCAAUUUCAUUUCAUUUCUUCUUGUCUCAUUGUAUUUUAUUAAUUUUUCUGCAUGUAGGAGUCCCCGUUAUAUCCAUGAAUUUGAACCCAUGGUAGAUUGAGCCUACUCGUGUCACACUGUGGGUCAGAGAAGGGAAUGACAUUCACUUGAAAAUUAAACCACUCAAGUGCAUGUUAAAAGAAAAUUAACAAUGCAUUUUCCAUUUCAUUAUUAUGUAAUUUGUAUAGCUCAAAAAUGUUAUCCUUUAUGAAUUUUUUAUAUUUAUUAUUAUGCUUCGUUUAAAUAUCUUUAUUUAUUGUUAUGCGUUAUUAGAAAUGUUGAAAGUGAAACUUGCAGAUUGAGAAAAGGAAAAAAGUAAUUCAUGACAGGGCAUAAACAAUGUAAUACCUAGAAACUAGCAUUUCAAAACAGUAAAAGACCAUAUAAACUGUAAUCUAACUUUGACCUUUUUGUCAGUUUUCUCUAAUAAUCUUUAACCAAUUUGUACUUUGAAGCGGUUCAUAUUGCUUUAAUCAAAAUUAGAACAAAAAGUAGAAUUAAUGUUCAAAAUCACAAUACUAAAAUAUUUGUUUUAUAAAAUACUCAUUGAAUAUGUUUGUAACAAAAAAAAAAAAAUACUUAGUACGCUGUAGGUCAAGGAUGAGCAUGCUGCUCACUUUUUCUAGUUUGACCCUUCUGACUUUCAAAUAUUAACUAGACGCCACCACAUACUGUUAGAACACUUGAGCUAAAAAAAAAUAAUCAUGGCUAAUGUAAUAUAAAAGUGAGUAAUAUGUGCUUACCCCUUGACCUACAGUGUUAAUGGCUUUCAUCAGUCGUGAUUGAAUCAUUCAUCCUAGCUAUAUUGUUUUUUGUUGUUAUCUGGGCCUUUUUCUGUGACUUCAUGUAUUCUUUUACUAGAAUUUUUAUAUUUCGUUCUGAUAUUUCUAUUUUAUGUAAUUUUCUUUCAACUGGCAACAUCUCUUCUACCAGUGAUCGUGAUUGUCUUUCAUCUAGAGAAUCCCAUUCCCUGUGUCAGGUGAUGAGGGAGGGACUGAGUGGACAUCAUCCCUCGCCAUUUCUUUCUGAGCCACCCCUAUCCUUUACAGAUUCCUUCUAAUUAGAGUGUUGUAAGCUUAGCACACUGCAUCAUGUACAUCUGAAGUCCUUGCUUAGAGCGAGAGCCAAAACGCCCUGAUGUCUGUGAUGAAGGGAUAUAAAUUACAUUGGCGUAAAUUAUUUUGAGAUAUAAGCUCAGGAAAGAAAUGAAAUGAAAACCAGUCUUUGUAAUUGUAUCUAAGCAUCUUAAUACAUAAAUAUAAUUUUAUAACAUAAUGAAAUUCAUGUCAAUUAGCACUACCCAGAUUAAUUCAUAUGAGAUAGUGAAAUAAAUGUACUCGAAUAAAAGUGUAAUUAUAAUUUUAUUAAUAGUCCAACACCAAGCCAGAUCAUCUCUAAUAACACAAUACAACAUUAGUUGCCCACUGUCCAGAAUCCAAAAUCAAAGUUCAAAUAAUUCAGUAGCAUUGACCAUAAUAACCUGGUGAAAAUACCAACAUAACAGUCACAAGUACAAUAGCAGCAGUGAAUGUGUCUGAUGAGCGCAUGAACUGUAAAGGUGAAUUUCUCUUCUCUUGCUCCUUAUAUCACGUCCUCAUCAGGGGAAGGGCUCUCCUCUCCUCCUUGCUCUAUGUCAUCUGGUGUGCCUCUUUUUGCUCUCUGCCCCAUUCUCCACAGGGGAGAGGUAAAGCUGCCCAGCCUGAUGUGUGGGUGCCUCGGAUUCAACAAUAUGAAAGUUGAUUGUUAAACUGAGAUAUAACAUUAAAUUUAUUAUUUUUCUUUAGAUCUUGAAUUAAUAACAAAUUGAGGUGAGACUUUUUCAGUCUUGUUGGUAUUUGGUAUUGGCUCUCUCUUAAAUAUAUCCCAUUACUAAAUUUAUACGUAUAGAGGUUAGGGAGUUGUGAGAGAUGUUGGCAUACAAAAAACCAAGUUGAUCAUUCAUUCAGUAAUGUCAGCAAAAAGUUGCAUAAUUAAUACCUGCUUUCUUAUUAAAAGUAUUCACUUUCUGAUUAUUAGUAAGUCAAUAACAUGUCUCACAUUUGUGAAACAGCAUCCAUUGGAAUAUAGAUACUAAAUAAAGACUUGAUCACAUAAAACACAGCAUAUUUCAUGUGUCAUCUAAUGCAUUGCUCGCUGAAGCAGCCUUCACUGAACAAGCUGAUAAUGUUUGUAUAUGAAUGUAGAUAAAAGUAGCAGUAAUUAGGUUGGUAGACGUCAGUGAUGAGGAAUUGUUUUGUCGUUGAAUUAGGUUUGUACCAAAUCAUUACAAGAAAUUAAAAACUUCUAGUAAAAAUUUAACAUCAUGGAAAUUAAAAUUCCAAAAGAACUGGUACUGCAACUGAUGUUAAAUAUUUCUCUUACAUAUAUCAGUGCUGCAGGUAGACAAACUAAUUGCAGCCAAAGAGACACAAGUAUUAAAUGUUGAGUUUUUCUACUUAAGAAAAUGUAUUCAUCUAUUUUAUUUUUAUUUCAACUGUGAGGCUGUGAACUCUACAGACAUUGAAAUGGGUAUGCUGUUACUUAUGUGAUUGGAUUACUGAGAAAAUUUUAUAUUGUAGAAGUUACUAAAAUGCUCAAAAUUUUAUUUCUCAUAUCAAAUGCAAAUGUGAAUGCAAUUGUGUUGCCAUGGCCUAAAGAUUUUCCAUGUAUUGUAUGGCUUAUCAUACUGUACAUUUAUUGUAUAUCUUGUAUAUCUUAGUGAAAUUAUUUUAAUUACAUAAUUAUUAUAUAAAUAUUGUUGUCAGAGGUAAUAACCAAUAUGAGAUUCAUUAUCUCUUGAGACAUUGUGUACUUUAUCCCAGAUGAUGAACUAUCAGCAAAGAAAAAGUAAAUUUCACUAAUUUUAAUAUUCCUGAGUACUUUUUUAUGUUUUAUGUCUAUGCAGCUGUAUGCAUAGAAAAUUUAACAUUUUUAAAAUUAUUAUUAUUAUUAUUAUUAUUAUUAUUAUUAUUAUUAUUAUUAUUAUUAUUAUUAUUAUCAUGAUGAAAUUUUGGAUAACUAACUUAAUAUACUGUAGCAAAAGAUUGAACUUCAGUGAUAAAAUAUGAUUUGAUGUUCAUAAGGAGUUUUAGGGACCAUUGGAUAGAUUUGUUUCAGUUUAUUCAAUAAAUGAAAAUUUACUAUUAUGUUUUAAUGAAAUGUUCAUGACAGCUGCAUAGACUGAUGCUUAAAUGUUUUUGACAUUUUAUUUUAUUGUAUUAAUUUUUUUUCCACAUUUCCUUAUUAAGUUGCUAAAUCAAAGAUGAUAGCAUUGGAAACGAACUUAUGUAUUCUUAGCAGAGUGACAAACUGUGGGUAAUAAUGUGCAUUUUAGAUAUAAGUGUAGUUCAGUAUUAAUACACAAAGAGAAAGAGUUGUAGAUUAGAUGUACAUAUUUUUGAGUGUAUUGUUUGCCAUGAGAGGUGAAAUCUACCAGUAUCUAAAUUUUAAUGUUUCAUCUGUGUUUUCACACCAGAGGUUGUUCUUCCCAUUGUAAUUCUAUACUUGACAUCUUUGUUGCUUUUAUUCAAUAUGUAUGUAGGUAUAAAAAGGUAAAGUGAAAGUUUUCUCUUGCUGUGUAUACCAAGCAUUGUUGGCAUACAGUGUGUGUUGUUAUAGGUGGAUUUUCAAUCAGAAUCUUUAAAUGUAUGGUUUUAUACUCAAUUUCGGAGAUUUUGUGUAGUAUGUUGUAAAGCAUACCACUCACGGUCUCACUUUAUUGUAGGAAUGCUUUUGCAGUGAUGUUUGCUCUUGUGGGCCCUAGAUCUGUGUGUUAGCGCAAAUUAGUUUGAAUGUUGAAGGAUAAAUAAGAUUUGUUACUCGUUAAUUGUUGGUAAUGUUAUUGUUAAUGUAGACUAGGAGUAUAUUUGUGGUGUGGCUGUGGAGAGAAAUAUAUUUUUUUAAGUUUUCUGCAGCCUGAAACCAGAAAGUUUUGACUUUCCAUAUGUUCUCAAGGCUACUUCCUUGUGGACUGUUCUGUGUCUUGAAUGAUAUCGGCCUAUUUUUCCAUAUCCUCUAGUUUACAUGACAAAGUUAUUUAUGACUGUGCAAUAUUAAAAUAUUUGAUAAUAAUGAUCUGAACUCUGUUCUUAGAAUGAAAUCAUGAUUUAAGAAGUUGACUUCGAAGUGAUUCUCUACUAUCAGAUUUCAUAUUCAUUCUCUGCUUUUCUUCCACUAUCAUAAUGUUACAUUUGUCUUCCGUGGGUUCUUUUACCUUUAAAUAUUAUGUAUUAUUUUUUCAGUGCCAAGAGUAUAAAUAUUUUCUUGAAAUAUUGUAUAGAGAGAUUGUAAGUUAGUAACUAAAAAGUUUCUACUAUGUUAAUUUUCUUUUGUAUAAUAUUUUUAUGACCUUGCAGUGAUUUUAUCUGUGUUAUUUCUUUCAUAGAAAUUUUGUCUUGUGACCUGCCAAUAAUGUAGUUCAUUUUUUAUUUUAAAUUAUAUUUGAUUUUUUUAUUAAUGUGCUAUUUUCUUAUUAAUAUGUUCUCCUGUGUUUAAUUUUCUGUUUGCUGAAACAACAAGCAUGCUUCUUAAAGAUUGUUUGUUUUACUAUUAUCUUUGUAAUAUGUUCCUCCCUUAUUGUAAAACUACGUCACAAUUGUUUGUACUUGUUUGUAAAUCUGUAUUUUUUAAGUGCAUGAUUUACUUAUUAAGUAUCUCAGGUUUUUCUUGUACAUUUCUAAUGGUUUCUUCUUGAAAAUAUAAGACAUUUUGUUCUAUAAAAUUUGCAACUUCUUUUCUGAAAAUAACGGAUUGUUAUGUUAUUUCCUCAAAUAUCAUUUUUUCCUCCAUUGAAUGAAACUGUUUUAGUAUGUCUGUGUAGUUGUGAUGUUAGUUUUGAAAGCUUUAAUUUUUUGUUUGUACAACUGUUGUCCGUUUUUAUUUACAUUACAGCUUUUCUUCGGUAUGGUGAAUAGCUAACUAAACUGACUUUUAAUGAAUUAUUUAUUAAGAUAAUUUAUUUCAAUUCUCAGUAUUUAAUUUCAUUUAAUUUGUCAUUAAUUUCUCUGAAGAAAUUAGAAUUAAACUGAUGUAGAAGCAUGAUCCAUUGGUUAAUUGGAAACCUAUUUUCGAAAGAAUAGAGUUUAAAUUCACAAUGCUCAAUGCAGUUGUAAAUUAUCUGUAUCUGAAGAAAAUACACAUUAAGAAUUAUUUUUUGUAGUAGCUGGGAUUCUAUCUCAAGCAUCUUAACCUAGUUUUCAUUCUCAAUUCUGUGGAAGAAACAGAGAGCUAUUAAAAUUGAAAGGUAAUGAACUUGGGGGGGGGGGGUUGAUAAUGAACUCACUAUCCCUCACAUUACUCAGGGAUGAACCAUGAAUCUUUGGACUACAUGAACUGUUUCAUUCAGACAAAUGAAUUAAUUUUAUUUUAUUUCGUAUUUUGCUGGUGUGCAUACUUGAAAUUGCAUUAAAAUUUUACAUUAGUUUUUGCAUAAAUUUCAAUGGGUAAUUAUCUCAAGUUUUAUCCAAAUAUUUAUAUUUUAUGCUCUAGCUCUUUUUUUUCAUGUACAG